AUGGAGGACGUUCGGAACGGAGACAGCGGGGAGGACGCGAGAAGUUCCGACGGUGAUGAAUCCGAGAAUGAUAACGAAGCGCGAGGUGGAGAAAAAGAAGAAGAAGGCAACGACGACGUGCCCAUGCACAAUCAGGGUCAGACCGACGUGUCCUCCGAUGACGACGAAGCGCCCGAGAAGGACGAGUCGGAGGUAGAACUUGAGCGAUUGGUGUUUGGCGAUUCGCUGGGCUUCAAGGCUGCGGUGCAGGAAUUUGGGCUUGAGGGUGGGCGGGAGCGCGCGUGGGGAGGGGGAGAAGAAACGGAUGAAGACGAGGAUGAGGAUGAGGAGGAUAGAGGGGAUAUGAAUGAUAUCCCCGACCAGGAUCUCUUUUUCUUCGACUCGGGACCUGUGCCUACGCCUGGAGUUAAGGGUGCGCUCGUCACCAGCACCGCUGGCGAGGCAGAGAGCGAGGACGAGGACGAGGAAGAAGGGGAUGGACGACGGCAAAAACCGGCGUGGGAGGAUAGCGAUGACGAGAGGCUUGUCGUGAGUCUUGCGUCUGCGCCGCGGUUGCGCAAACUCCGCGAGACGGAAGCUGAAGACGUAAUCACCGGGAAGGAAUAUGUGCGGCGAUUGAGGAGACAGUAUCAGAGGCUUUAUCCCACGCCGGAAUGGGCGGUGCAGGCGAGUGGAAAGGUGGGGAAGAGAAAGAGGACGAGGGUUACGGAGAGUGGCGGGGAGGAGAGCGCGAGUGAUAUGGAUGUUGAUGAGGAGGAGGAGGAGGAUGAUUUGAGUACGCAGCCUUUGGCGCGGUUGUUGAAGGAUGCGGAUAUUCUGGCCAGGGGCACGGCGAGGGGACCUGCGAAGAGGAGGAAGUUGCAACCUGGGGUUGUGACGGUGCAGAGGUUGAAGGAUGUCGCCAAACGGGGACCGUCCGCCAUAACAUCCCUCUCGUUCCACCCAACCCUCCCCCUCCUCCUCUCCUCCGGCCCCUCCUCCACCCUCUCCCUCCACCACGUCCUCCCCCAUGACCUGCACUCGCCCAACCCCCUCCUCACCUCCCUCCACCUCCGCCGCACCCCGCUGACAACCACCGCCUUCCACCCCUCCCCCUCGGACGCCCGCAUCUUCCUCUCCGCCCGCCGCCGCUACUUCCACAUCUGGAACCUCGCGACGGGCACCAUCGAAAAGGUCUCGCGCAUCUACGGCCAGCAGCACGAGCAGCGCAGCAUGGAGCACUUCUCGCUCAGCCCGGACGGCAAGUUCAUGGCGCUGCGGGGCUCGAGCCGCAAAGGCGGCGGCGUGGUCAACAUCCUCGACGCGACGACGUUGCAGUGGGUGACGCAGGUCCGGAUCGAGUCGCGCGGCGGGGUGGCGGAUUUUUGCUGGUGGGGGAAUGGGAAAGGGAUGUGUGUGGUUGGUAAGAAUGGGGAGGUGACGGAGUGGGGGGUUGAGGUUGGGGUCGUGGGGAGAUGGAUGGAUGAGGGGGCUGUGGGGACGACGGUGAUACGGUUGGGCGGGAAGAGCGGGAGGGAGGAUUGGUUGGGGGGCGAUCGGUGGGUUGCAGUGGGGAGUAGCAGUGGGGUCGUGAAUGUGUAUGAUCGCCGGGCGUGGAUGGAGGAGGUUCACUCUUCGAAGGACGCAAAGGCAGCGACGACAGCAGCGGCAGACAACGGCAAUCUCCCGACGCACCCCAAACCGCUCCGCGCCCUGUCCAACCUCGUUACACCCAUCUCGCACCUUGCCUUCUCCCCGGACGGCCAGAUCCUCCUCAUGGCGAGCCGCUGGAAGCAAAACGCCCUGCGCCUCGUGCAUCUCCCCUCCGUGACGGUGUUCAAGAAUUGGCCUAAUGUCAAGACGCCGUUGGGCAGGAUCACGAGCGUGGCGUGGGGACGGCCCAGCGAGGAGGAGGAGAGGGAGGGGUGUUUGGCGUUGUUGGCCGUCGGGACGGAGAUGGGGAGGAUCAGGUUGUGGGAGGUUAGGUGUUAG